AUGCAACCAGUUGGUGAGGAGCAGGAGCACAAUGUGUGGCAAUUGCUGCCUUCUCAGGUGUUUGAAAAGGUGGAAUCUGGAAAUGUAAUAGGAAGUGGGUUACAACAGAUUCCAGCAGGAAAUGUAAUAGCAAGCGCAAUAUUACUGAUUUCAACAGAAUCGGUCCUAACAGCUGGCUUAGGCAAAGAUUCCAUAUUAGUGGCUCCCAUGCUCACUAUGGAAUCAAUAGCAACCCAAGGGCUCAAGGAGCUGACCAAGAUCUUCCAGCCCUUGGACCCAGAACUACAGGGGAUACAUGUCAAGAAGCCAUUUGAGAUCAAGGAUGGCUUAUGGCACAGUGGCAGUAGAUUGGUCAUACCAAAGGAUGCUACCAUUAAAGCAGCUCAAUGCCACUACUGGUGGUCAAACAUGGUGGCUUGGAUAGCUGACUAUGUGGUGAGCUGCCCUUUCGGUUGUCCAGAUCACAUGGUCUCCGAUCACAGCAGACAGUUCAUCUCAGAGGCCUGGAAAGAGUUCGCUGAAGGCAUCGGUGCGAAGCACUCCCUCAGCACAGCUUAUCAUCCACAAACUGAUGGACAAACUGAAAGAGUUAACCAGGUGGUGGAGCAGUAUCUAAGGAUGUAUUGCAACUUUGAGCAGAAUGACUGGGCCGAACUACUCAAGAUGGCAGAGUUUGUCUAUAACAACACUGUCCACAACAGUAUCGGCGUCUCACCAUUCUUUGCAUGUUAUGGAUGGAACCCCAAAUCACAUCCAGACAUACCCCAGCAUCUAGGGGUCAAUGACCCAGAACAAUCCGAGUACCUUGUCGAUGGAAAGGAAUGUUGUGAAUAUCUCCAGACCCAGAUUCGAGAGGCACAGUGGCAGACAGUGGAGCAAUACAACUGGAAACACAAGGACAUCGAAUUCAAGGUCAGCAACAUGGUCUAUAUCAAUUGCUGGAACUGGAAGAUGAGACAACCCAUGCUGAAACUGGAUACCAGGUUUGCAGGACCUUACCCAGUUCAGGAGCAAGUGGGCUGCUGGGCAUAUAGAAUUACAUUGCUGGCAAACCUCAGAGUCCAUGAUGUCUUUCACAUGUCAAUGCUCAAGCUAGCAAAAAUGAGCUCACUCCCUCAACAGUCAGAACAACCAGUGGUACCAUCACUACCGGAUGAAGACCUUGAAUUCGAAGUGGAGGCACUCAUUGGUAAAUGCACAUGCAAUAGGAUGACUGAAUACAAGGUCUUCUGGCGAGGAUACCCAGAGGAAGCUGCCUCCUGGGAGCCAGUGUCAAACCUCAACUGUCCUGACCUCAUCCAGGAGUAUGAGGUGUUGGGGGGGAGAGGAAACUGA